AUGUCUGAGAGGGAGACGCGGUCCGCAGGGGCCGCCCGGCGUCCCGAGGCUGCGUCCCCCUCUGCCAAGCCUCUGCGGAGGUCCCAGCGGUUAUCAGGCUCCAGCCCUCCCAGCGUUGUACCUGAAACCUCGCGGAAGGCACCCCAUGCGACCCCGGCCAGAAAGCCCAUCGUCCUGAAGAAGAUUGUGGCUCGUGCAGUAGAGAUCGCCGCGGUCAGCACGCCUCGCAGGAGCCCGAGGAUCGCUUUUUUCUUAGAGAAAGAGAACAACCCUCCUCCUGACAAGGAGCCGGCCCGGGAGAACCUCUUCAAGACGAGUAGCGUGCCCGUGACUCCAGCCCCAACCCAUGUGCUGGUUUCCCAACAUUUGGAAGCCAGCCCCCAGAGGGAAAACCUGGAUGACAGAGACUUGGAGAUGUCCAAGAAGGUCAGGCGGUCCUACAGCCGGCUGGAGGGCUUCGCCUCCACCUCCACGCCUGGCCGUCGCACCUGCUUUGGCUUUGAGAGACUUCUGGCAGAAGACAGUUUGGCCACCGUCUCCCCUGUGGUGUGUUCGAAGCCAUCGGAGGUCACCAGCUACCCCAUGAAGGCCUGGGCCCCAGACACCACUCUCCCUGGGAUCUCCCCUCCGGCCGUGAAAGAGAAACGGAAGAAGAAGAAACUACCAGAGAUCUUGAAAUCCGAGCUGGAUGAGUGGGCUGCGGCCAUGAAUGCUGAAUUUGAAGCUGCUGAGCAGUUUGAUCUCCUGGUUGAAUGA